CCAUGGAUAGCAACAGGACGUUAUCAUAUCACAGCUCGCAAAGCUGCCAUGUAUUGCACAUGUUCAACAACUCCAUGGGGAAACUGCAGCGGCAACUGUACAAUGGCGAGUAUUCUGUAUUCAAGGACAUGCGCAUGUUUGAGAGCGACUUUAUCCAGAUCAGCAAAAGAGGAGAAGUGAUUGAUGUGCACAACAGUGUACAAAUGGUGACUGUGGGUAUUGCAUACACAAGCCCCAACCUCACAAUACCUGAUGUGAUGCUGCUGGCACGACCAGCAGUGAGCUGUGCAGUCAAUGCCAGACAUGACCGAGACACCCAGGGAAAGGCCUUCAAGUCGACAAAGAGCUUGGAGCUGACCAGGCUGAUUCCUUUGAAGUUUGUAAAGUUAUCCAUCUACAAUCAGGAGAAAAAACAGCUCCACUUGAAGCUUGCCACUGGCCGCUCUUUUUACCUACAGCUGUGCCCCUCUUCAGAUGCAAAAGAAGAUCUGUUUGCACACUGGGAAGACCUGAUGUACCUCCUGAGACCGCCAGUGGAGGCUUAUAGUGGUACCCAGGCUGAACCAGCUGGUGACAUGAUGGACGUACCUGUGUUGGAGGCAGAGGACAAGAAGAGCCCAGCAGCCAUGGAGCUCCAUGGAGGAGGGGGCCAAGAUCAGGUCAGCAUCAGGAGCCUUCCCAUGGUCGCUGAGGAGUCUGGGGCCACCUCUCUUGCUUAUGCUGGUGGGGAAGAAAUCCAACAACGUGCUUCCCACACAUACUGUAUACUUAGGAACCCACUCUCUUUCCUAAUUACGGCAUCUACAGGGCCUGACCAAGGGGCAGCAGCAGUAACAUCUAAGGACAGCAUGAGUGUGGUUACAGGAGGGGAGAUUACCAGCAGACCUGUUACAGAGACCACUGAAGGUCCAGGAGUGGAACCCUUUGUCUCAGCCUUGGAGAGUAAAGACAACAUGAGUGAACAGGAUGGAGGCCAGAGAGUCUCCCAAACCCAGGCUGAAGCCCUGAGGAAGAGAAGGAAAAAGGCGAGAACUCCCCCUAAAAGGCCUUCCCUGCCUAGUAGGACGGGAGACGAUAAGUCAAUCCUAGAAUCCCAUGGAACCACUCAGAGAGAUAAAAAGGAGAAGGACCACAGCAGCCCAGGGGGCCAAGAACACGACUCCUCCCCCAGCCUCAGCUCCACCUGA